CGGUCUGAAAUUUCAAAAUGGCGGACGGUAUUGGGGAAAAAGACGUAGAGAAGAAAGAAAAGUGGUUCCAAGCAGUAUCAUCUGUGGUUAUUGGCGUCAUAUUUAUCAUUGUUGGAAUACCAUUAUGGUGGCAUACAACCAAAGUCUACAGAGCAACAUUACCUUACAAAGAUAUAGAAAUGCUAGCAGAUCUUCAGCUGAGCUACAAAGUUCAAAUAAAUAUUAUUAUACCAAAUGAAGAAAGUCUCAAAACUCAUGUUGGCUCUAUAAAAACUACCUUGAGCGAAAGGCUAGGAAGCAUAAAAGAUUUUUCUGUAAAUCCAUGGUUUGAAGUCAGUGUAAGAUUAGAGAAUGAGGAAGAAAGAGCAAUAGUUGAAAAUGCUAUAAGGAAAAGGCAGUCUCUUAAAGAUUCUAUAUGCUUAUACCAUUAUAUUAAUAUGAUCAGUAGCUCAUGA